GGAAAAGUUCAACAGAUGUUGCGGAAGAUAGAAACAUGCUAUUGGAAGUUAGCUAGCCAGGAUGAUAACGUAGCUAGCUAUCAUAUUUCAGCACAUUGAGGACGCAAAUUAAUUAAUCGUCAUGGACACACUUCGGAAAGCAGGGCGAGGCAGCACAACAUGUGUUUUCAUUGCGUUAGUUGUAGCGACAUGUCUUGAAACGAUUCGUGCUUUCGGCCAUAGCCAAGACAGCGAAUUCACGUUUAUCUUACCAGCCGGAAGAACCGAAUGCUUUUUCCAAACGGCUGCGAAGAACGUUACCAUGGAAGUGGAGUAUCAGGUGAUAGCCGGUGCAGGUAUGGAUGUAGACUUCACCGUUCUCUCUCCUCACGGUUUCCAGCUCAUCUCUGAGUUCCGCCGCUCAGACGGAGUCCACAUGGUGGAACCUACGGAGGAAGGAGACUACCAGAUCUGUUUUGACAACAGCUUCAGCCGUUUCUCUGAGAAGAUGGUCUUCUUUGAGGUCAUCAUCGAGGGACAGCCGGGCGACGUGGGCGGGGAUGACGAGUGGGCGGGGCUUGGAGAGCCUGAGAGCCUAUUGGAGUACAAGCUGGAGGACAUUAGGGAGUCAAUAGACUCAGUACACCGUCGGUUAGAGAGAAGUCGUCAGAUGCAGACGGUACUGAGAGCGUUUGAGGCCAGGGACCGUAACCUGCUAGAAGACAACCUGUGGAGGGUCUCCUUCUGGUCCUGUACCAGUCUCAUUGUAAUGCUGGGGGUCGCACUAACUCAGGUCUAUACCGUCCGCAGACUGUUUGACGAUAAGAGGCGUGUCUGUACAUAAAGACACGCCCACUCCGCCACCUCACAGCCAAUCAGAGUUAAGGUGGGAAGAGAAGACGAGGAAGCAGAGGAGGAUGCAGAAGAGUAAAUAUCGUGUAUCACGAAUUGCACCCUAUUCCCUAUCUAGAACCUAUCUCUGGUCAGAAGUUUUAAAUUACAUGUUUUAAUUGAACCUUUAUUUAACUAGGCCAGUUAAGAUUUACCCAGGGGCAGAACGACAGAUGUUUACCUCGUCAGCUCGGGGAUUCGAUCCAGCAACCUUUCGGUUACUGGCCCAACGCUCUAACCACUAGGCUACCAGCCGCGCCUAGUAGUGCACUAUCUAGGGAAUAGGGUGCUAUUUGGGACACUUCCGUACAGCUCUGCCGUCUGGGCUCAACACAGUGCCUUUUACUCCCGGUGUUCAUUAGACACAGAACUAGACAACAGUUAGAAGGGACGGAGGUCCUGCCUCAAUUUGUCCAAUGAGAAUGUUCACUUUUGCGUUCACGGAAAACAUUUUUUCCGCCCUCUUUGUGCUUAUUGAACGCAGCUCUUGGACCGUAAUCCACAAAGUGUCCCAAGAGUUGGAGUGCUGAUCUAGGAUCAGGUGCCAAUCUGUCCAUGUAAUCUGAUUCAUUAUGAUCUAAAGGGCCAAACUGAUCCUAGAUCAGCCCUCAUACUCUGAGAGACUUCAUGUUCAUUCAUUUUUUUGUUUUGGAUCAUCCCAUAGAAAUAGAAUCACUAGAAUGAGAGACUCAUCGUUUGUAGAUCAGUGGGUCCAGGGGCGGACUGGCAUUUCGGGCAAAUACCAGAUGGGCUGGUCCAUUUUUAGCCCAGUGGCCCUGUCUCAAUUAGCAUUUUGUAAAAAAUUAUAGAAUAUAUAUAUUAUAUAAUUUCUACAAAAUGAUAAUUCUCUAUAUCUAAUAAUGCGUGCGUCAUGGAAAAAAAUGGGUCCGUGUGUUAGAAAUUCCAGAGCUGAUUUAUGGUCCAAGUCUGCCCCUGAGUCAGUCAGUCAUCAUUUACCCACAAUGCAUCAAGGAUGUGAUCCGCUCAAAAGUGCACGUUGGGUUUAAAUCUCUCUAGUAAUUGAAUUUCUAUGGAUCCUCCUAUUUUACUAGAACAAGCCCCACCCAACCCCUAAUGUCCUUCUUCUCCUCUCAUUGGUCCAUGUCUUUGUGACCUGUUGGCUACCCACAAUCACCUUUUUUUGCUGUUACUGAGUUUUAUGUGCCAGUAAGAUUCUAUGCUGAUAUCUAGAUGAACAGGUGUGUGUGUGUGUGUGUGUGUGUGUGUGUGUGUGUGUGUGUAUCUAACUUCAGUUGUGGUAUAGGGGACAGAAACAGUUUACAGAGAACCUAGUUUACCGUUGAUCCUACAGCUUUCGCUACGUCCCAAUCCUCCACCCCCCCCCCCCCCCCGAGUGUAUACUUGCUUUGCAUACUCUGUCAUGGGUUUAAUGGUUGAAACUCCCUCUGGCCAAUGACUACACCAUUCCAAUGCUUUAUAAAACAUAACAAAAAGUGUACACUUUGGGAGAUGGGUGGAGAAUUUGGAGGCAACCUGUGAUUGUAACUAAGAAGGGAGUGGUACUUUGAGCAUUAUUAACCAUGUUGCCAUGGCAGCCAGUGAUUUUAAUGUUGUUUUUUACACAAUAAAAGACAGAACAUUUGAUUUGA